CAACAACACAACAAACAGCAGCAAAGAAGGCAAUCACAACUGCACACGAACGCUCGCAAGCAGCGGCAAAGAUGGAGGAUGAGGAUGACACGUUUGUGGUGUACGGCACGCCCGUGGAGGUGCCUGAGCCGGAGGAUGAGCCGCGCCGCGCCGUGCCCGUGCAGGACCAGGUGGUGACGGACGAGCAGGGUCGGCGACGCUUCCAUGGCGCCUUCACCGGCGGAUUCAGCGCAGGCUACUACAACACUGUCGGCUCCAAACAAGGGUGGGCUCCCUCCACGUUCCGCUCGUCGCGAAGAGACAAGGAGCGAGAGGGUGGCUUCCGGCAGGAUGUGGCGCAGUUCAUGGACGAGGAGGACAUGCAGGACUUUGGCAUUGCGCCGCGGCAGGUGCGAUCGACGCAGGAGUUUCGGCAAGGCGAUGCCAGCGCAGCAGCUGAUGAAGAGGCCACGGCCAAGCGCCGGCUGACUGAGGAAGAGUCCAGGGCCAUGCAGCACUUGACGCAGCUGGUGCAGCCGUCAUCAGAGACUGUCGGCAUCAGGCUGCUCAAACUCAUGGGCUGGCGACAUGGCCAAGGCAUAGGCGCUCGUCUGACAGCACGGCAACAAGCAAAGGCGCUUGGGCUGGACGAUGACUCGUUUGAUGAGUACGCAGCAAGCCACGGCAUCACUUUUGCACCGCGUGAUAUGACCGUCCGCCGCUUUACCCCAAAGAACAACUUCUUCGGCAUCGGUUACAAGGGCAUUUCAGCAGAGGACUUUGCGCUUGGCGGGCGGACGCAAGGCAUGGGUGGCGGCUUUGGUGUUGGCGCGUUUGAAGAGGAGGACGAAGACGUCUAUGACACGGACGAUCGGCGCCAGUACGACAGAACGGUUGGCGGUGAUGAUUCGUUUUCGUUUCCAGAGCACAAGUCGUUCCGCAGCCACCAGCUGAUGUCUGAGCAGCAGCCAGCACUCAAGUAUUAUGGCGGCCCUGACGACGCGUUUCAACGCGCAUCCCCAUUUCAACUCCACGGCUUUCGCGUCGGCACACACAAAUCAUUCAAUCCAAAGCGAUACCGGGCACCACCUGUACCCAAGACAUACGACCCAUACCACCGCAAGCGACAGCGGCAGCCCUUGCCUCCCGGCACCGCCCCACACCAACACCAACACCAACACCAGCAGCAGCAUCACCAUCACCAACAACAGCGCCACCGCAAUCUGACAGCCGGCGAUCGCGCUGCAAUCUUGGGCGAGGAGCCCUUGCGGCGCCCGCCACCAGUUGCACCACAGCAACAACAGCAAAUGCAGCAAAUGCAGCAAAUGCAGCAGCACCAGCCGGCUUCCGCUGCCGACUUGCAGUCGAGGGCGGACCAGGAGCGGCUGCAGAACCCGCUGUCAAAGCUCAUGGCAGCACGGUUCACCCUCCCGCAAGGCCCAGACAGCGGCGCGCUGACUGCCGAGGAAAAGAAGGAACAGAAACAGCGUGUGGACGACAGCGAACAGGCGGCAAAAUCUAACAUGCAUGGCCGCUUGACGCGAGAAUCGUUUGAAUGGCACCCGCACCGCAUCCUCUGCAAGCGCUUUGCUACCCAGGACCCUUAUCCUCGCUCUGGGCUCGUUGGGCUGGUGGCGGAGGAGCCGGCUGGUGGGCGGCGGCGCAAGACGCGCUGGGGUGCUGUGCCGGGGUUUGCGGGGCUGCAGGAGCCAACACCAGCCAGCCUGCGCACGGGCCCAACCGUUGACAAGACAAAGCCGCUGCCCAAGGGCGACCAGAUGGCGGAGGAACUGCUCGCUGGCGCAGCGUCACGUGGGGAUGCAAGCGUGGGUGCAGCCAAGACGUAUGGUUUGCAGCCGAAAAAGACGACCCAAGGAGGCAAAGGUGACACCGGCAGACACGAGCACAGGGACGUUGCAGAGGAAGAGGAUGAGGAGGUGGAGCCGCUGCCGGAUCGCCCGCCGAUGGAUUUGUUCAAGGCCAUCUUCAGCGGCAGCGAGAGCGAGAGCGAGGACGAAGCUGAGGGUGAGGGCGAAGAUGAAGGGAAAGCAGCAGCAUCAGCAGCAGCAGCAGCAGUAGUGCGGGAAAGGAAGCCAGGCGAAAGAGCAGGGGCAACGGAGUCGGUUGUGACGAGCAGCGAGCGCACGUCAGAAGCGCCGACGACGACGAAGAGCGGCUUGCCAGGUGGGGUUGACAAGAACCUGUUGGCACAGCAAAGAGCUGUGCCAUCGGACAGCAGCGAAUCGGACACAGAUAUCGGCCCACCUGUCCCGGCGGGCUCAUUGGGUCGCGCACCGACACAGCAGACACAGCAGCCGCAGCAGCAGCAACAGCAGCAACAGCAGCAACAACAACAGCAACAACAACAGCAGCAGCCAGGUGGACCGCCGCGACUGACGCUUGCACGAGUUCAUCCACUGGCUGCACGUGCAACACAGCAGCCACUGCCGUCGGAAUCCGUCAACUCGAUGGACCUGAUGCGACUUGAGGCGCGUAGAGAGGAGGAGGACUACGAGUGGGUUGAGGUGACCGGGGAGCAAGCGAGCAGCACGCGCAAGGGCGGCAUCCGCAGCGGCAGCAGCAGCAGCAGCCGAAAGCACAAGGAGAAGAAGCGAAAGCACAAGCACAAGCGCGACCGUAGCAAGGAGAAGAGGAAGCGCAAGGCGAAGAAGAAGGAAGAAAAGCGCAAAGAGCAGGCGAGACGCAAACAAAGCAAGAGCAAACGCAAGAAGGACAAGGCGAAGAAGAAGCGAAGCCGGCGCCUCUCCACGUCGUCGUCGUCGUCGUCAUCUUCAUCAUCUGGGCUGUCGUCUUCAGAUUGGUCCACCAGCAGUGACAGCGAGUGAAGCUGUAUGAUAACAUGGAGAAAAGGACAGAGAGGGAUGGUGAGUGGAGGAGUGGGGGCAGCACAAGUCGUUGGCGGGCGAUGGUUCGCGAUAUCACUGCAUAAACGGUUAUCUACUGAA